CAAGAGGCGGAAUUGAAAGACGCACUUCACCUCGGUUGGGGACCUGUGCUAGGCAAGCGAGGACAAAACUGUACAUAACCUGACUGUCUUCCACGACAGCAAUCUAACCUGUGAUGGUCAGAGAUACUUUGCCAUAACUCCACGUUGGAGUUUCUGUUGUUAACUUGUUGACAAGGUUAUUAGCCUUUGUGUCGCAAGCUGCGUUAAACACCCAUAUGGCUAACUGGCAAUGCAUGCUACAGCACAAGCUAAACUAUUGCCUAACAUCUUACAGCGCUCUUCCCUGUCUGUUGCAUACAACUUCAUGGGACACAUUUUUGUAAGAGUUAGUAGUUUAUAUCAAGCGCAGACACUGAUGGCGGUGAAAGUUGGCAAUGACGAGACGUCCUCUAGGUUUUUGUGCUGCAGGACCACGCACCGUCAGUCAACCACUACAAGCACAGCUGAUUCUGUUGAAGCCAGGAAAGCUGCCACCGACGGAGAAAGCUCAGCCGACAACGCCGCACACGGAGAACUAGAACUAACUCCAGGAGAGAUGGAAAUCCACAGGCUCAACGUGGAGGCAUGUAAGGCUGAGAAGAGGAUCUACAUUGACCCGGCGACGGGAUUCAAGGUGUUCACGUCGUUUGCGCACCUCAAGAGAGGACGGUGUUGUGGGACCGCCUGUAGACAUUGUCCAUAUGGCCAGGUGAACGUGGAGGAUCCAGCGAGGAGGAAGCGCUUCAAUUCACUGUUUUACGUGUAGUAGCCGGCGCGCGAUCGUCCUGAGAUAACUGCAGGAGUUCGUAUGCCACGUGAACGCAACACGUGUUGCUCUUUCUCAUGCACACACACACACACACACACACACACACA